ACGGCGUCCCAGCUGGGACAUUCAGCUCGGCUGGGGAAAGCGCACGUCACAGCCCGAUCCGCUCUCCGCCCUGGACCGGAGUGAGGGGAGCGGGGACAGCUGAGCAGGUCACAGAAUUUGUGCGUCUUUCAAACAUGGGAAAUUCAUCUAUAUUCAUGAACUGCUGAUCAUCUUACACUACCUGCCAAAAAAAUCCUCACAAGUGGCCAUUCCUCCCUCCAAUUUCAGAAGCUAGCUGUCCCCAUCGCCUCUCAGAGCCAUGUAUGGAAGUUCUCGUUCUGUCGGGAAGCUGGAAUCCAGCAGCCAAAGCCCUGGACGCUCCCCACGGCUUCCCCGUUCGCCACGCCUGGGCCAUCGUCGUACUAACAGCACCGGUGGCAGCUCUGGCGGUGUCCCUGGUGGAGGCAGCAGUAAAACCUUGUCCAUGGAAAAUAUCCAGUCUCUGAAUGCGGCGUACGCCACUGCCUCUCCCAUGUAUCUCAGUGACCAUGAAAAUGUGGGGGUAGAAACGCCGAAGAGCACCAUGACCCUGGGCCGUUCUGGGGGCAGGCUGCCCUACGGGGUGAGGAUGACAGCCAUGGGAAGCAGCCCGAACAUUGCCACCAGUGGGGUGUCCAGUGAUGCCAUUGCCUUUGGAGAUCACCAGAUUCCGCCAGUCAGCAUGGCAUCAACCGUUCCCCAUUCUCUGCGCCAAGCCAGGGACAACACCAUUAUGGACCUUCAAACCCAACUAAAAGAGGUUCUAAGGGAAAAUGACCUUCUCCGAAAGGACGUGGACGUGAAAGAAAGCAAGUUGAGUUCGUCCAUGAACAGCAUCAAGACUUUUUGGAGUCCAGAGCUGAAGAAGGAACGGGCAUUACGCAAGGAUGAGGUGUCAAAGAUCUCCGUGUGGAAGGAGCAGUACCGGGUGGUCCAGGAGGAUAAUCAGCACCUACACAUGACGGUUCAGGCGUUGCAGGAUGAGCUGCGAAUCCAGCGAGACCUCAACCACCUCUUCCAGCAGGACAGCGGCGGGAGGUCCAAGGAACUGUUUACCGGCGAGUUGACCGAGGAUAACUUCCGCAUCCUCCAUACGGAGCACGACCGCCAGGCCAAGGAGCUUUUCCUGCUGCGGAAGACGCUGGAGGAGAUGGAGCUAAGGAUCGAGACUCAGAAACAGACUCUGAACGCCAGGGACGAAUCCAUCAAAAAGCUGCUGGAGAUGCUGCAGAGCAAAGGGAUCUCCUCAAAGGUGAUGGAUGAGGACCACGAGAGGACCAGGAGGCUGGCCGAGGCCGAGAUGCAUGUCCACCAUCUGGAGAGCCUGCUUGAUCAGAAGGAGAAGGAGACCAACAUGUUGAGAGAGGAAAUCCACCGGCGCUUCGAAAAUGCCCCAGAUUCUGCCAAGACGAAGGCCCUGCAGACCGUUAUCGAAAUGAAGGACUCUAAGCUCACGUCGAUGGAGAGAGGACUGAGGGAUCUGGAGGAUGAGAUCCAAAUGCUAAAGUCCAACGGAGCUUUGUCUACUGAAGAGCGCGAAGAGGAGAUAAAACAAAUGGAGGUCUACCGGAGUCACUCCAAGUUCAUGAAGAACAAGGUAGAGCAGCUGAAAGAGGAGCUGAGCGCCAAGGAGAGCCAGGCGGAGGAGCUGAAGAAGAAAGUUUCAGCUCUGCAGACGGAGCUGUCUGGCAUUGGGCAGGUCAAGCAGGAGCUCUCUCGUAAGGACACAGAGCUGCUGGCGCUGCAGACCAAACUGGAAACCCUCAACAAUCAGUUUUCAGACAGCAAACAGCAUGUGGAGGUCCUCAAAGAAUCGCUUACCGCAAAGGAGCAGCGAGCGGCCAUUUUGCAGACUGAGGUGGACGCUCUUCGUUUGCGCCUGGAGGAGAAAGAGACAAUGCUGAACAGAAAGACGAAACAGAUCCAGGAAAUGUCCGAAGAGAAAGGCACCUUAUCCGGCGAGAUCCAUGACCUCAAGGACAUGCUGGACGUCAAGGAGAGAAAAGUAAACGUGCUGCAGAAGAAAAUCGAGAACCUACAGGAGCAACUCCGGGACAAGGAGAAGCAGCUGAGCAGCUUGAAGGAGAGAGUCAAAUCACUACAGGCAGACACUAGUAAUACAGACACUGCACUGACCACCCUGGAGGAGGCACUGGCAGAGAAGGAGAGAAUCAUACAGACAAUAAUAAUUAAAAAAAAAAAAAACUGUUCCAGCCAAUGUAAAGAUGAAGAAAUAAAUGAAAAUAUUUUUGGGGUAAAGUUCUUCUCUAAUGUAUUGGGGUCGCUGUCUUCUCCACAGUCCUCACUUCUCGAUCUUAAGGAACAUGCUUCCACCCUGGCCUCCUCUGGCCUUAAGAAGGACUCUAGACUGAAGAGCUUGGAGAUCGCCCUGGAGCAGAGGAAGGAGGAAUGUCUGAAGCUGGAGAACCAGCUGAGGAAGGCUCAGGACGCGACACAGGAGGUCAAAUCCAACCCAGAGGUGAACGAGCGGGUGCAAGAGAUGGAGAAGGAGGUGGCAAGGUAUCGGGAGGAAGCCAGUAAGUCGCAGGCUGAGGUGGAUCGGCUGCUGGAGAUCCUGAAGGAGAUGGAAAAUGAAAAGAACGAGAAGGACACAAAGAUUGCAGAGCUGGAGAGGCAAGUAAAAGAUCAGAAUAAAAAGGUUGCGACAUUAAAGCACAAGGAGCAAGUAGAGAAGAAGAAGAACGCACAGCUUUUCGAGGAGGCGCGAAGGAGGGAGGACAAUCUGACCGACAGCUCGCAGCACCUUCAGGACGUCAUGCAGCAGAAAGAUGAUCGCAUCGAAGAGCUGGAAGAGGCUCUGCGGGAAAGCGUACAGAUCACCGCGGAACGUGAAAUGGUUCUGGCCCAGGAGGAGUCAGCAAGGGUCAACACUCAGAAGCAGGUGGAGGAGCUGAUGAUGGCGAUGGAGAAGGUAAAGCAAGAACUGGAGUCCAUGAAAGCCAAGUUGUCCUCCACUCAGCAGUCACUGGCCGAGAAGGAAAUCCACCUAACCAGCCUCCGUUCUGAACGCCGCAAACACCUGGAAGAGGUGCUGGAGAUGAAGCAGGAAGCCCUUCUGGCCGCCAUCAGCGAAAAGGAUGCCAAUAUUGCACUGCUGGAGCUGUCCUCCUCCAGGAAGAAGAAGACGCAGGAAGAAGUGGCGUCUCUGAAGAGGGAGAAGGACCGACUGGUUCAGCAGCUUAAGCAGCAGACGCAGAACAGGAUGAAAUUGAUGGCGGAUAACUAUGAAUCAGACCACUUGAAGUCUUCUGCCCAGUCCAACCAAACCAACCACAAGCCCUCCCCAGAUCAGAUGAUCCAGCCCCUCCUAGAACUCGACCAAAACCGCAGCAAACUCAAACUAUACAUUGGGCACCUGACUGCCCUGUGCCACGACAGAGACCCCCAGAUUCUGAAUGCACUUCACCCGCCCGAAUCCUACCACCUGGACGACAACCAGGCAGCUUGGGAGCAGAAGCUGCAGACGCUGACCGCCGAACAGCUAAGCGAAGAAUUAGAGAAAUGCGAGCAUGAAAGUGCGGAACUGCAAGAGUUUGCCAACACCAUCCUGCAACAGAUCGCAGAUCACUGCCCCGACAUCCUGGAACAAGUUGUCAAUGCCUUGGAAGAGUCGUCAUGACCUCACCCAUCCCGGGUAGCAAAGGACGUCCCGCGCGGCCCUGUUACAUGGACACAGUGUUAGUCGAUUACUUUUUUGUUUUCUUUUCCCCCCCCACUGCCCAGGUGGGGGCCUGCACACACAGCCUUGCACUGCCUGUCGGCUCACUGCGCGCUUUCAAUCGCAGCGGCUGACCCGUCUCACGGAGUUCUGGGGUGGCAGCAUUGAUCCCUUAGGACCAAAAA